AUGGGGACAAAGGUGGUCUUGGAUUUAAUCACUUUGGGUUCUAGUUUGUCUAGUUCUACCACUAAGUUUGUCAAAUCAGAAAAUCCAGUCACGAUUCCUCUUGAUGUUCAGCAGGUUGUCAAGAAACCUAAGUUUGUUCCAACUUGUCACAGGUGUGGGUUGACUGGUCAUAUUCGACCAGUCUGUCAUAUGUAUAGCAAAGAUAAGACCAGAAAAUUGUCUCCAAAAUCUAAAAGGAAUCCCAGAUCUUUGCAAGAUCAAGUUGAUCAUUUGCUGAAUGAAGUCACUAAGAUAGCCAAACUUGUCUCCCUCAAAAUGAGUUCUCCUAUUGUGCCUAAGUCUACUUGGAUUGCAAGAGGUCAUACCAAAUCUCUUGUUGUGCUAAAUGCUUUUGCUGCUUCAAAUAUCAACUCUUGGUAUUUUGAUAGUGGCUGUUCCAAACAUAUGUCUGGGGAUAAAAAUGUUUUCUCAUCUCUCAGCCCCUUUGAUGGAGGCACUGUGACUUUUGGUGGAGGUCAUAGGUCUCAAGUUGUUGGAAAAGGUACUGUUUGUAUCCCUGGUCUGCCCGAGCUUAAGAAUGUUAGAUUUGUUGAGGGUCUCACAUCCAAUCUCAUUAGUGUGAGUCAGCUGUGUGAUGAUGGAAUAGUAGAAGUUAGAUUCUCCAAGCAUGGCUGCAAAAUCAUUGGAAAAGGUGGCAAUGAGAUUGUGAGCGUGGCAAGGUCUAGGGACAAUUGCUUUUGCAUUGAUGGUGUCAAUGAUGCAAAAGAAGUAGUUUGCAACAAGAGACUUGCAUAA